UAAUGUUAUGGUGUCACAAGUAUAAUAAUAAUAAAAUACCCACAUGACCUGGAUUUGUGUAUCGUUAUAUCUAAUAAUUUCCUUUGAAAGUGAAACACUGCACCACAUAGAAGACAGCUUUUCACAGUAUGAGUUCUGCAGGAAAUGCAGACACCUAAAAACUGACAAGACAGAGGAAGAAAAGAUUGGUAAACUUCCUGUGGCAAGUGACACACAUCAAAUAGGCGGUUAAUUGUGGUAAAAGACACACAUCUUUUCUCUCCCUGGAUCGUCACCUGUUUGGAAACUUAAAAACAAGGUCAUUAUGUCCAUCAACUCUUCCACUCCGUGUCACAAUGAAAGCACUCGACACAUAGACUUUGUUCCGGUGUGCAUGUAUUCCCUCAUCUGUAUGUUGGGCCUGAUCUUUAAUCUCACAGCGCUGGUCUUUUUUUUUACUCACAACAAAUCCAGGUCACAAACCAUUAUCUACAUGACCAACCUGGCCAUAGCAGAUUCACUGCUCAUCCUUACAUUGCCUAUGAGAAUCUACUAUUAUCUGGGUUAUCCUGGUCUUCCUCAAUGGCUCUGUGAGGUCCUUGGUUUAGUCCUGAAGGCCAACAUGUAUGGGAGCAUUUUCCUUCUCACUUGCAUUUGCUUUGACCGCUGUGUAGCACUCAACUUCCCAAUGUCACUGCGUGUCCAGGAAGGGAGACGCAAGGCACCUCUGAUUUGUCUUGGAAUAUGGAUUGUCACCUUUGGAGCCAGCGUGCUGAUCUACCUGUCCAAGCGCAAACAAGUCUCCUCGAGUGACUGUUUUGAUGGCCUCCCGGUCUACGCCAUACAACCUGUGGUGGUUUCAACCACACUAAUCAUGGGCUUUGGGAUCCCAUUAGUCAUCAUGCUGAUCUGCUCCUGGGGUUUGCUCCGCGCUGUUCGGAAAAGCACCGUGGCUCAGACCAAGCUAGUGGACAGCAGAAAAAUCUACAAGAUGAUUUCCACCAGUCUCCUCAUUUUUCUGCUCAGCUUUCUUCCUUACCACGCUAUUCUGAUCCUGCUCUCGGUCUAUAUGCCCAAUAUUUCAUGCCACAUGCAGACUGCGUACCGGUACAGUCUGAUGAUGGCAUGUCUCAAUACAGUACUAGACCCCAUUGCAUAUUAUUUCACCACAGAUACAUUCAGGAAGAAUGUAGACAUAGGCUCUUCUCAGAGGACGGCACUGUAAAACAAAUACAACAGAAGUGCUAUUAACGGAAAGAGUAGCACUGUUCCUAUGGUGGCAGCCAUCUCGCAAUCCCAUUUCAGGGUUGGUGAGGUUGCUCCGAGUGAAUUUCCCCCGAACCUCGGAUUUUGAACUGACUGCAGAUGGAAUUGGAGCAAUUCCACAUACCACAAGUUCAGGAUUUCAAAAUGGUUGCUACACUACUACUUUUAGCGUUAAUAGCACUUUUGUUCUUUUUGUUUCACACUAUCCCUGUUCAUUUUUAAUAAACAAGUAAAAACUAUAAAACAAUUUCAAAAUGUGGGAUGGUGUGUGCAAAUCAAGCUUCAAAAUAGUUUUCACAGACCAUUGCUCUGCUCUAGUUGCAGACAGGCUGUGAUGCCAUUCUUUCCCCCCUGUCCUCAUAAUCUUUUUGUUUCUUCACAGAGCACUUGCAGGGGAGGGUGCAUCAUAAUUCAUAUCUGAAUGGUUUGCACUUUUGUCACUUUUGUCACGUAUAUUCUCACCACUUCCAGUGUGCAAAGACAUUCAGUCUGUGAUGUAGCCCAGUGCAAAUAUUUUUUAUAAGAUCUGUAAGAUUUAAACUGUACAUUUUAAAUGUCUGGGUUUAUUAAAACAGUGUCAAUUUUGCUUGUGCUAAAGGUCAUUUUGUGAAAUUGAUA